AGGUGCCUGAAAACAGUGCUCCUGGCUUCCUUUGGAUGAAGAUGUAGAACGCUCAGCUCCUCCAGCACAAUGACUGUCUGGAUGAUGCCAUGACCCCUUCCUUGAUGAUAAUAGACUGAAACUCCGAAUCUGAUGCAGUGACCUAUGAGGAUGUGUAUGUGAAAUUCACUCAUGAAGAGUGGGCUUUGCUGGAUCCUUCCCAGAAGAGUCUCUACAGAGAUGUGAUGCUGGAGACAUGCAGGAACCUCACUGCUAUAGGCUACAAAUUGGAAGACAACAUUGAAGAGCACUGUCAAAGUUCUAGAGGACAUGGAAGGUAUAACAUCUGUGGAUACAAGCCUUGUGAGCAUAAGGGAUAUGGAAAGAACCAAUGUACCUUUGCACAUAAGAGUUUUCUUCAAACAUAUGAAAGGAUCCAUACUGAAGAGAAACCCUAUGAAUGCAGUCAGUGCAGUAAAACCUUUGCAAAUUUCCGUAGUCUUCAAAAACAUGAAAAAAAUCAUACUAGAGAAAAACCCUAUGAAUGUAAUCACUGUGGUAAAGCCUUUCCAAGUCGCAGUGCUCUUCAGAUUCACCAAAGAACUCACACUGGAGAGAAACCCUUUGAUUGCAGUGAAUGUGGUAAAGCAUUUGCACGUCACAGUAAUCUUGAUAUACACAAAAGAAUUCAUACAGGAGAGAAACCCUAUGAUUGCAAUGAAUGUGGUAAGGCCUUUUCAACUCGCAGUCAUCUUCAAAUACAUGAAAUAAUUCAUACUGGAGAGAAACCCUAUGUAUGUAAUCAGUGUGGUAAAGCCUUUGCAUAUCGCAGCAAUCUUGAAGCACAUGAGAAAACACACACUGGAGAGAAACCCUAUGAGUGUAAUCAAUGUGGCAACGUCUAUGCAAGUCGUAGUAGUCUUCGAAAUCAUGAAAAACAUCACACUGGAGAAAAACUCUAUGGAUGUAAUCAAUGUGGUAAAGCCUUUGCACGUCGUAGUAGUCUUGAAAUACAUGAAAGAACUCACACUGGAGAGAAACCUUAUGUAUGUAAUCAAUGCUGUAAAGCUUUUGCACGUCGCAGUAGUCUUCAAAUACAUGAAAGAACUCACACUGGAGAAAAACCCUAUGAAUGUAAUCAGUGUGGUAAAGCCUUUGCAAGUCGUACUAGUCUUCAAAAUCAUGAAAAACAUCAUACUGGAGAGAAACCCUAUGGAUGUAACCAAUGUGAUAAAGCCUUUGAAUUAAAGUGUGAUCUUCAAAUACACGAAAGAAUUCACACUGGAGAAAAACCGUAUGGGUGUAAUCAAUGUGGUAAAGCCUUUGUAAGUCGUCGUUAUCUCCGAAAUCAUGAAAAACAUCACACUCUUGAGAAACUCUAUGAUUGUAGUCAAUGUGGUAAAUCCUUUGCAAUUUUCAGAUAUCUUCAAAAACACAAAAAAACUCAUACUGGAGAGAAACCAUAUAAAUGUACUCAUUGUGGUAAGGCCUUUGCAUAUCGCAGUAAUCUUUAUAGACAUGAAAGAAGUCAUACUGGAGAGAAACUGUAUGAAUGUAAUGAAUGUGGUAAAGCCUUUGCAUAUCAUUCUAGUCUUCAUAAUCACAAAAGAUGUCAUAUUGGAGAGAAUCCUUACGAAUGUAAUUGAUGCAGUAAGUUUUGGAACAUCAGCUCAUCAAAGACUUCAUACUGGAAAGAAACCCUAUGAAUGUAAUCAAUGGGAUAAUGCCUCUGCAUCUUAUAGUCGUCUUCAAAAGCAUGAGAGAAUCCCUACUGGAGAGAAACACUAUGAAUCAAAUAAAUGCAGUAAACCCUUGCACACCAAGCAUUUUUUUUUUCCGUUUUGUCACUAAGCCAUCCCACUGGUGCUCAUGUACAAUUAAUAGAACCAUUUCAUCAAAAUAUUGUCUUGAUUUCAAGUUGUAUACAAAUUGUCAUCCAAGGAUAGAGGAACACAUAAUAUUUGAAUAAUAAAACCUAUUUGCAAAUGAAAAUGAUAUACUGCCAUCUAUUUUUGUUGGUUAUGGUUUUUUUUUUUUUGAGGAGUAAAUACUUCUCAACACUUUCUUAGAAACAUGAAUGGCAGAGAAUUUUCUCAGUGAAUAAAGGUAGUUGCUGUUAAACAUGAUGACCUGAGAUUAUUCUGGGAGACCCAUGUUACUCAUGCAAGUUUUUUCCUGAUUAUUAAAUACUUGGGCUGUGACAUUUGCACACCCAGACAACAGCACAUACAUUUUGAAACUUAAAUAAGGACCAGUGAGUUCACUCACUACUUGAAGGCACUUGCUUUGUAACUUGACUAUCUGGGUUUGAUCUCUCAAAGUCAGAGGAAAAAUGGAAUAAACACCAUAAGUUGUCUUCUGAUUGGCACAUGCUCAUAGCACAGGUGUUUU